AAAUCAAACUCAUUUAAAAAAGAAAGAAAAGUAAGUCUACUCCUCUUCACAUGCAAAGACCACAUGCCUGUAAACACAGAUGCCUUUCCAUCGAGAACAGCACAACGAGUCUUCCAGAAUCAGACCUCUUCAAUAUGUUUUUCACGUGUUUGUAACUUAUGUGUGAGUGCAUGUUUGGGUGCAUGUGAGUACACGUCUGGAGGUGGUGAAGCUGAACAUGUGAGCCUGUAUGUGCGUGUACCUGUAUGUGGAAACCAAAGGUCAAUGCUGGAUAUUGUCUCCUGCUUCUUUGCACCAUCUCUUUUGUGACAGGAUCCCUGACUCUCUCUGAGACUCAUUAGUGGGUUACAUUAACUGGCCAUCAUACUGCUGGAGAUCCUCCUGUCUCCGUACCUGAUCACUAGAACUGUGCCACAUCUAGCUUUUGGGGGGAUGAUAGGCAUCCACAUUCAGAUCAUAGAGCAACAGAGGCUCUUCCCCGAUGAAUCAGAGGAUGCUGAUAGCUACUCAGAAUCUGUAAAAUUUGAUGCUCGCUCAAUGACAACAUUGCUCCCUCCCAAUCCUAAAAAUGGCUCUUCCCCUCAGGAGAAGCUGAAGUCCUUCAAAACUGCCCUAGUGGCCCUCUACCUUCUCGUGUUUGCAGUUCUAAUACCACUCAUUGGGAUAGUAGCAGCUCAGCUUAUCAAUAGGGAAAUGAAGAACUGCUUAGUUGGUUCAGUUAACACAAGUGAUACAUCUCAAAGUCUGAUUGGAGAAGAAGACACAAAUAAAGCUGAAAAGAGAUUUACAGCCAUCACGGAACACAUGACGGACUUGGAGGAGAGAAUCCAAAGCAUUUCAGACUUUAAAGCCAACCUCAUGGACACAGAACGCUUCCAGAAUUUCAGUAUGGCAACUGACCAAAGACUCAAUGAUGUUCUGCUGCAGUUAAGUUCCUUGAUUUCGUCAGUCCAGGAACAUGGGAACUCACUAGAUGAAAUUUCCAAAUCCUUGCUGAGUCUCAAUACCACACUGCUUGAUGCCCAGCUCCAAACAGAAACACUGAAUCGCAAAGUCAGUGAGUCUACCGUGAAGCAACAGGAGGACAUCAAUAAGUUAGAGGAACGUGUGCGCAAAGCAUCAGCAGAAAUCCAGUCUGUGAAAGAAGAACAAGAACAUGUGAAACAGGAAGUAAAACAGGAAAUGAAAGUUUUGAAUAACAUCACUAAUGACCUCAGACUGAAGGACUGGGAACACUCACAGACAUUGAAAAAUAUCACCUUAAUUCAAGGACCUCCUGGACCUCCAGGAGAAAAGGGAGACAGAGGGCUCACUGGAGUAAGUGGUCUACCUGGCAUUCCGGGUUUAAAAGGUCCUCCAGGCCUUAAAGGUGAUCGGGGUCCAGCUGGCAUCCCUGGAAAUAGAGGAUACCCAGGGCCACCUGGAAAGGCGGGGAGGUCAGGAUAUCCUGGACCUAAAGGCCAAAAGGGAGAAAAGGGCAGUGCAAGCAUAUCAACUCCUUCAAAUGACUUUGGCUCCUGUGUCAUGUCAUUGCCUGAUCUCUUCAAGACCUCUUCCCAUGACUCUGGGUGCUGUGAAGGCUCCCAAAUCCAUAUGUAUACCAUCAUGUACUCUGCUAUAAUAACCACCAUCCCUUGGCACCCUUCACUUAGAUGCACUCAUAUGCUGUCUACUGGAAUGUUCUUGCUUCCUUCAGCCCUUCUGCUGCUCACUCACCUAAUCUUGUGGAAUUCAAUUUAUCCCAUUGGGUUCUUUAAUAUCAAGACAUCAUUCUCAAAUAGAAAUAGGGAUAGAAGAAAAGAAAAUCUAUCCAUCCAUUCUUUCACUCAUUCAUUUAGCAUAAGUUCAACGUGUAUGUUGUGAAGUCAGAAAUAUUAAUAAAUAUGUUUUUCUAAACUUAUAGAUAUAAAUAUACCAGUUACAAACAAACCACAAAAGACUACCCUAGGAAAAUAAUAGGGAGGCAUAGACACUGAAAGAAGAUAGAUACUCUUAGUGUCUUUUAUAUUAGAAAUAACGUUAUUUUUAUUGCUUAUUUCACAAUGCUACGCUCUUAUUCUCCAAUACAAAUCAAAUGAGAGAGAGUAGAGAAAGAGAUAAAACAUACUUUGAUAAUUUCUUCAAUAUGUUUAAAUGAGAACCAAACCUAACUUCAUUAAUUGCCUAUUCAUUCCAAACAAAAACAUUUGAGCAUGAAAAAAAGUCAAAGAUUUUAUUCUAGAAAGCUCUUUACAUUUACUUGAAUUUUAUGUUUUAAGUGUAUAUACUAGAAAAUAAAUAUUACAAUAGACAUGGAGAUAUUUUAUAGAAAAAUGCAUCACAGGAGAAGGAAAGAAAAGAAAAAUAUAAGAAUAAUAAAGACAUAAGAUCUCAUGAAGUUUUCAUGUUGAUACCUCUCUGUGAGUCAACAAAGAAUAUUUGCCAGGGUUUUCUUUUUUUUUUUUUCAUGUCUUAACACUAAACCCUAAGGUCCACAGCAUUAAGAUAGCAGCACAAUUCUAAUUGUAUGCCUAUGUGUAUCUCAUUUUUUCCAUUUUUUGCUCUGCCAAAUGAUGUCCCUUCCUACCUCACAGGGUUGUUGUGGGGACCAAACAACAUGUGUGAAAAUGUUCUGUAAAAUCAUAAAGACCUUUAAAAUCAAAGGAAUGAUUCAUAGCAAUCCUUCUGAAUGUAACAGCUGUCCUUUGCCAGUUUAAUGCAGACAUAUUAAAUCUCUAAUCAUAUUAGAACAUAAAGAAAAAUAGAAAUGCCAGGAGUCGUAUAUAUGUUUUGGGAGAAAAGAGAGAUGUUAGAGAAUAAGACCGUAUUUUUAUGUAUGAUGGACCAGCAGUGCAAGUGUGCCCAGAUCAUAAAUCAGUAAAUUUGUCUUAGCACAGCAGAAGAGUACUAGUUACAAGUAAGAGAAGCAGCUAAACCAGAGGCCGUGUCUGCUGACAGAGGUCAGAACAAAAUGUCAAUCUAAUAAAGCAAGAGUCUGGGCUUCAUAGAGUGAAACCUGAGUCCAGGACAUUUGCUGAGAAAGUUUUGAAAAUGGUAGCAAAAAAUUGGCAUUGUCACUGGUAGUAGGUUCUGUCUGUGUCUGCAUGCCAUCAAGAUAUGAUCAAAUCUGAUCAUAAAGGAAAUGAAAAGGGAAUUAGCCAGUGAUUGUAGUAGUCUACAGUACCAACAGACUAGCAAUUCUGUGCAAACAUCUAGAAAAAAAUUGGAUUUGGGCAUGCAACUUAAUUGGCUGGGCUGUGGAGUGUGUGUGACUAUUUUCUUGUGCCAGACAGCAUUGCUGUGGACAACUUUGGCUUCAUACAGAAUGACCCUGGUCCCAGGUGUGCUGAGAGGAAAAUUGUAGGAAUUCCGUUUUCAAGGCAUCUGUCUUCCAAAACUAAGCAUGGUUGCUGAAGUGUGUAAUAUUAACCUGAACUUCCCAAAUUAACAAAGACAGCUCUAUCUUUCUCUUCAGAUAGAAACAGAUUCCAAGUGCCCUGUUCAAAGGCAUCAAUUAUCCCAACUUUUAUCAUAUAUGAUGAAAAGUGACAAAUGACAUGUUUCAAUGCCUUGCUAACUAGAAAGAGUGUUUUUGUCAAGCAAGGGUACCAUAUAAGCAAACACUGGGAGGCACCAUCUUAAAGAGUUCUGAAGCUUAUCUGUGCUGCGUCAGCCAGCUCUGCACAUUAUCAAAAGGAGAGAUUCAAUGUUAAUCUUUGGAAUCUUAUUCUGAAAUUCCUACAAUGUUGUGAAAAAAUGCAUUUGCUAUGAUCUGUACUGAGAACUCAACUCAAUCGUAAAUAAACUUCUGGUCUGUCUCAAAACA